AGCGAUCUUUGCACGGCCAAAGGCCGCUCACUUUCCAUCUUUCCGUCCAUUGAGCUCCAUGUCGACAACGCCGCCGCGCUCUCCGCACCGUCGGUACGUGCCCGGCCCCCGCACCGAAGUCGGCUUCGGCGAGGAAGGCAUGGCGCAGCUCCUCGAGCGCAAUCGCGAGUGGGCCGAAGAGAUGCGCGCCAAGGACCCCAACUUCUUUGCCAAGCUCGUGGACACGCAGUCGCCCGAGAUCCUCUGGAUCGGCUGCUCCGACUCGCGCGUGCCAGCCAACGAGAUCCUCAAGCUGCCGCCCGGCGAGGUGUUCGUGCACCGCAACAUCGCCAACCAAGUGAUCUCGACGGACCUCAACUGUCUCUCUGUGAUCGAGUACGCGGUCAAGCACCUCAAGGUCAAGCACAUCAUUGUGUGCGGUCAUUAUGGCUGCGGUGGCGUCAACGCAGCCUUGUCCCAAAAAGAGUUUGGUAUCGUCGACAACUGGCUCCGCAGCAUCAAGGACUUGUACAUCGAGAACGCCCGGAAAUUCCUCGAUUGCGACGACGCCACCAAGUCGGAGCUUCUCAUCGAGGAGAACGUCGCACGGGGCGUUUACAACGUCUGCCACACGCGGAUUGUGCAGAACGCUUGGGAGGCCGGGCAGCAGCUCAGCGUCCACGGCUGGUGCUACCGCCUUAAAGAUGGCAUCAUCCGCGACCUUGGGCUCUGCAUCACGGGCAUGGACCAAGACGAGUCCAUUUACCGCCGCAUUCACAACAAGAGCAAGCCCGAAACCCCGGUGCACCUCCCGCGCAUCUCUCUCGACCCGAGCGUCAACGCGAUCCGGGCCUCGUUGGAACACUCGGCUCUCCCGCUUGCAGCGACGACCCCGCGCAUCAGCAUAUCGACCGACGCGGCCAUUUGGCUCUCGCCGCCGACGGGGCCACCGACGGAAGCAUCGCCGGUUCCACCGCACCGCCCGCUGCCUCAGAGUCCGCAGCGCCAUGUGCGCUCGCGCGCCAACCUUGGCGAAGGCGAGGAAGGCAUGGCGCAGCUCCUCGAGCGCAAUCGGCUCUGGGCCGACGACAUGCGGACCAGGGACCCCAACUUCUUUUCCAAGCUCGCUGAGACGCAGUCGCCCGAGAUCCUCUGGAUCGGCUGCUCCGACUCGCGCGUGCCGGCCAACGAGAUCUUGGACUUACCUCCCGGCGAGGUCUUUGUGCAUCGCAACAUCGCCAACCAAGUGAUCUCGACUGACCUCAACUGUCUGUCUGUGAUCGAGUACGCGGUCAAGUUUCUUAAAGUCAAGCACAUCAUCGUGUGUGGCCAUUACGGCUGUGGCGGCGUCAACGCAGCUUUGUCCCAAAAAGAGUUUGGUAUCGUCGAUAACUGGCUCCGCAGCAUCAAGGACUUGUACAUUGACCACGCCCGGAAAUUCCUCGACUGCGACGACGCCAUCAAGUCCGAGAUGCUCGUCGAAGAGAACGUCGCACGGGGCGUCUACAACGUCUGCCACACGCGGAUUGUGCAGAACGCUUGGGAAGCCGGGCAGUCGGUGAGUGUCCACGGCUGGUGCUACCGACUCAAGGACGGUAUCAUCCGGGACCUCGGGCUCUGCGUCACGGGCAUGGACCAAGUCGAAACCAUCUAUCGGCGCAUGCGCGAAAAGACCCAGGCAGCCUCGUAAACACGCUUUUAACUAUAGUGUCGAGUUCAACCGCUUCCAUUGGCGCGUUCAUAUUGAUAGAUAGAUACUACGACUAAUAGAGAGACAUGAUUACGCAA